UUGCAACGACUCGGUGUUCCAAAGGGCCAACCUGGGGUGGAGUCCCGCCACCUGGACUGAGGAGGAAAGUCCUGAGCUGGCCCUCUCACGGCCUGGGCUGGGUGGGAAGUUGAGAGCCCGCACUCGUCCACCCUGACCGCCUACCGCCGAUGUUCCCGGAUGCGCUGGCGUCCAGCGCCAGCCCUUUCGCCCUUACCCCUGUUAUCAUUAAGACCUGAUGCCCUAGGCAGCAGUGCUUAAGAACCUAGGCCGCACGUUCUCUCGCCUUCACUCCGCAGGAAGCGCAAAUGAUGGUUCUGCUGGGUGAACCCUGGACACCCAAAUCCUAAUAAUCCACCCCGCCCCGCCCCCCGAAAACAGCGCCUGACCUCUCCGUACUGCCACGCUGGAGGCAAUCAAUAAAGGUCUUCCGAAAGAAUUUUAAAUGUAUUUAAGAGAACCCUUUAAAAGGAGCGCCGACGAGACUGGGUUGGAAUUCAGGUUUGGUUAAGGCAUUGCUUCCACGACAAUUCUCAAUCCGCAGAUAACCCAAAACUCGAGUUCCUACACGUCCCCUUCACUUCCAGGUCAUCCCGGAGGCCGCAGUCGCGGCUCUAACGCUCGUCAGAACCCCAUUGCCCAUCGCGAGGAAGUGCAGGAAAAACAGGCUCUUUGGUGGGACGCUGGGACGUGCGGAGCUCGGGGAGGCUAGCCCGACGGGCCUGUCCUGGGCACCCACGGUCGUGGGAACUCGUCUUCGGGCGUCUUUCCGGGAAAUUGCUUGGGUAAGGUCAGGUGGUCCAUCACCUGAAUGAUUACAAGGUGUUAUCUUGGGGGAGAAAUGGGGAUAAAGGACGACCGGCUUUUGGAGGUGGGCUGGAAACUACAAAACCGAGCUUCUUGGGAACAGCCUUAUAGUCUAACAGGAAGUGGAGCGUCACCGAAAGGGAGGGGUGGCCGCCCGGGACGGCCCCCUGCUUCAGGCUCUCUCUUUGCGGUCAGCGUUUCAUCCAGGUUAUCCAUCCAGCGAGUGACGCCAAGUCGUUGCACGCUACUGGGUUUGGAAAAAAGCAAAAAAUGAGCAAGCGAGACGCCCCUUCCGCUUUAUGAUCACCCAGCUGCAAGCAAAUAAAUCGGCUGGUCCCACUGCAAUCUUCUGCACUCGAGUGCCAAGAGAGCCUGUUCCUAUGAAUUACUGAAGCCAUAAAGAAAAAAUUUUUUAAAUUAAAACUUUACCACAAUGAGGUGUUACCACAUCUGCAAAGUCCCUGGAAGAGUGAUGGGGAUUCGAGUGCUUCGUUUCUCCCUGGUGGUCAUCCUUGUGUUACUGCUGGUGGCUGGGGCUCUGACCACUUUGCUUCCUAAUAUCAAAGAAGACAAGAUGCUCGCUUUGCGAAGGGAGAUCAAAUCCCAGGGCAAGUCCCCGCUGGAUUCCUUCACUCUCGUAAUGCAGACGUACAACAGGACAGACCUCCUGCUGAGACUGUUAAAUCACUACCAGGCGGUACCGAACCUGCACAAAGUGAUCGUGGUGUGGAACAAUGUCGGGGAGAAGGGGCCGGAUGAGCUGUGGAAUUCCCUAGGGCCUCACCCUGUCCCCGUCAUCUUCAAACCGCAGACAGCAAACAGGAUGAGAAAUCGACUGCAGGUCUUUCCUGAACUGGAAACCAGUGCCGUGUUAAUGGUGGACGAUGACAUGCUAAUUAGUGCCCAAGACCUUGUUUUUGCUUUCUCUGUUUGGCAGCAAUUUCCUGAUCAAAUCGUAGGAUUUGUUCCAAGAAAGCAUGUCGCUACUUCCUCCGGUGUCUACAGUUACGGAGGUUUUGAGCUGCACACACCAGGGUUUGGAAACGGUGACCAUUACUCUCUGGUCCUGAUUGGAGCUUCAUUCUUCAACAGCAAAUACCUUGACCUCUUUCAGAGGCAACCUGCCGCCGUCCACGCUUUGUUAGAUGAAACACAGAACUGUGAUGACAUCGCCAUGAAUUUUCUCAUCGCCAAGCACACUGGGAAGACCUCAGGAGUGUUUGUGAAACCUGUGAACAUGUACAAUUUAGAAAAAGAAACCAACGGUGGCUAUUCCGGAAUGUGGCAUCGAGCUGAGCACUUUCUGCAGAGGUCUUACUGUAUCAAUAAGCUCGUUCAUAUCUAUGACAGCAUGCCCUUAAGAUACUCCAACAUUAUGAUUUCUCAGUUUGGUUUUCCAUAUGCCAACCACAAAAGUAAAAUGUGAAAGGAAAAACAAACAAAAACGAACCUCUGAACUGCUUAGCAUUUGAGUAGCUCCUUCAGGCUAUGGUUGGUUUUUUAAUUUAAAAAAAUUUUUUUUUUUAAGCAACGUCAUGAAUGUUUUUUUCCACGCCAGAAGUCUCUACAAAGGGAAAAAAAAAAUGCGUAAGACUUCUAGGAUAUAAAAUAUUCAUGAAACCCAAGAAGCUGGUGUUAUCCAGAUAGGCCUUCUUGUGAAAAGUUUUUACCCACGGAUAUAAUUCCUUGGUCAGCGAUUUUAUUGUUUACAUUCUGAGACUGUGCAGUGUUUUUUGUUUUUUGUUUUUGUUUUUGUUUUUGUUUGGACUCCUGGCACUUGCCUUAAGGAUGUUUAGCAAGCUGUUUCCAGGAUCAGAAACCACAGAGAAAUAUCUCUGAGCUUUUUCAUUGAAGGGUGGAUUGUUUUCAUUCGAAGCCUGAAAUGCCUCUUUAGCAAAAGCCUGUGGUAUAGGGAAAAGCCAUGUGAGGAGAGAAGAGCCUAGAUCCCAUAAAAAAACAAGUGGGAAAUUUGUGACUUCCCUCUUGGUCCUUCCAGCCAACCCUCUCCAGGACAGACUCAUCCCAGCAUGGUUUCGACACAGCCAUCGGUGUUGUUAUUUCUGUUAAGUCUACUGUGAGUGGAAGGGUUAAUUUUAGUAGCUGAAGGAUGUCUAGUUGUUUGCUUGAUUUUUGUGAACAUUUACUGCAUGGAUCACAAAAAAAAAAAAAAUGCAACCUGUGUGUUUUAUGUGCAACUUGUAUGCAGCAAGGAGUAAACGUGUUCCUAGUUUCAGGUCGUG